AUGUAAGCUACUGCAAAUGAAGAUGCAAUACCAAAUGAAACUCUUCUAAAAAUUGAAUUACUUGGUAAUCUUAUAAAAACUUAUAAAAAAAAUAAAAGAGAAAAGUAAUUAAAGCAAAUAGAACUAGAAGCUCUAAUUAGUACAGAUUUAUAAUAAUAACUACAAUCAUAAUAGAAUUCAACUUUUAUUAGAGUCAGUUCAUCUAGCAUUACUAAAAAAAGAUUAUUAAAAAACAGCAACUGA